AUGACACUGGAGGUUAAAUGUGCUAUGACAGCCAACUUCCUCCACGCGAAGCAAGAAGAGAAGCUUUGGACGACUGGUGCACAUGGCGAAGGUGUUUUCUUGAAGAAAGGCAGGGGAUCGUACAUCACCUGCCCCGAGACGCUCAAAACCGAUGGCUCGCGGACGUACGAUGCUAUCUAUGAAUUAAACGUCAAGGUAACACAACUGCAUGUGGACAUUAAAGCGCUUUCCGCUAAAACCACCCAGGUAGCUAUGACGAUCAAAAACAAGGUUAUUGAUCUGCUCCUCAGCGACAGCGAAAUUCCCUUUGUCCAGAUCAAUGAGGGUCUACGUCUCCAAGUCAUUCCCGACAUCGAAGCUCUCCCCUUUUGCCAAAAACAUCAGUCCGCUGCGUUUGUGCUGUCAGAAAAGAUGCUCGUAGUAUGGGAAGAUCAGCCGCACAUGCUUAUCAAACGUGUAACAGACAUCGAUGAGGCGCUUUUCAACAUAGUGUGUCGCGGCCUGCCCCUCAUGGACGAGCUAGACAGGGACGACCCCAAGGACACAUUCUACCACUGGCAAGGCGUGCAUGACGAGACCGAAGAGGACGAAAAACGCUCGAUCGUCAUUUGGCAACCCUUCUUCACAGCUUCCACCUUGGUCCUCGCGCUUGGUGCACUCGGAGGCGGCUGGAGACAGAUCUCCAUCCAGAUCACGAUUGACGGCGGCUACUUGCGGCUACUAUUCCUCCUAUGCCUCAUUCCUCAGCUUGGUCUUGGCUUAUUCUUCUUUCAAGCUCUCGUUGGCAACCUCGCUCAGAUCAUCGGCUGUGUCGGACACAUGAGAUCGAAUACCAAGGUCUACUCCGGCAAAGCUCCGUAUCGCCUUUGUGCUUCGGACCUCCCACACGUCACAAUCCAGAUGCCUAUAUUCAAGGAAAACCUCAAGACCGUCAUCGCCCCCACCCUUCGAUCAUUGAAAGAAGCCAUAUCGACGUACGAAAUGCAGGGCGGGUCAGCAAACAUCUUUGUCAAUGAUGAUGGUAUGCAGCUGAUGUCCGACGAGGAGGCUAAAGAAAGGCAGGACUGGUUUGACGAUAAUAACGUUGGAUGGGUGGCGCGGCCUCCCCACAAUCCAGACGGGAAGCUCGAGGACAAGCCGAUCCACACCCGCCGCGGAAAGUUCAAGAAAGCUUCCAACAUGAACUAUGGCUUGCGUGUGAGCACGGAUCUCGAGGAAGAAUUGAUCAAGAGCCGUUGGGAAUUCCAGCGAGAGAACAACGACUGGUCUCAGCAGGAUGAGAACGAUGCCUACACUGAUGAACUGAUGAAGAUUAUCGACCGAAAUGGCACCUGGGCUGACGGAAACAUUCGCAUUGGUGACUACAUCCUCAUUGUGGACUCCGAUACCCGUGUACCCGCGGAUUGUUUGCUCGAGGUUGUCAGUGAAAUGGAGAGGUACCGGGACGUCGCUGUCCUGCAAUUCGCUUCUGGAGUCAUGAACGUCACGACCAGCUUCUUCGAGAAAGGUAUCACGUUCUUUACUAAUCUUGUCUAUACGCAGAUCAAGUUUGCCGUUUCCAACGGCGAUGUUGCACCAUUUGUCGGCCACAAUGCUGUGCUGAGGUGGUCUGCUGUACAGGAGAUCGCGUAUAAGAAGAGUGAAGAGUUAUUCUUACCGAAGCGAGAUAAUGAUGGGCACUUAGUCUUGACUGAUGUAGUGAACGAGGAGACCGGUGAACCGGUCUUGGACGAAACUACUGAGCAGCCUCUUCGUAGGCCGGUGUACGAGCAGCAGGAUGUACAGGUCGAGAAGUACUGGUCCGAAGAAACUGUGUCCGAAGACUUUGACAUGGCGUUACGGCUCCAGAUCAAUGGCUACAUUGUGCGACUCGCUGCAUAUCAAGGCGAUGGUUUCAAGGAAGGCGUGUCCCUCACUGUGUACGAUGAGCUCCAACGCUGGGAGAAUGAACUCAUCUUCCACCCAUUCCAGUAUUGGAUCCGCAGGGGCCCCUUCACCGGCCUCAUCAUCCGCUUCCUCACCUCUAGCAUUCCGCUCCCCUCCAAGCUUACCAUCAUCGCCUACAUCGGAACUUACUACGCACUUGGCUCAGCCUGGGUUUUUACCGUCUGCAACUACUUUCUGGUCGGGUGGUUCAACGGCCUGCUAGACCACUACUACAUUGACAGCUUCAAAGUGUACUUCUCCAUCAUCUGCGUGUUCUCCGGCCUCGGCAACGUCGCUCUCGCCUGGAUGCGCUACCGCAACAACGAAGGCAGCUUGCCCGGAAAUCUUGCGGAAAACCUUCGAUGGGUCCUCCUGCUCGUGAUCUUCCUCGGCGGCAUUUCCUUCCACAUCUCACACGCCCUCGUCUGGCACAUGCUGGAUCUGGAAAUGACAUGGGGCGCGACCGCUAAAGAAGUGGAGAACAUCCCGUUCUUUGAAGAGAUUGCAGUCGUGUUUAAAAGAUUCAAAUGGACGUUUGCGUGGUGUUUUGGGACUGCAGGGAUGAUGGUCUUUUGCGCAUAUGGAUUGGACCCCAUUUGGCAGAUACGAUUUUUUACGCCGAUUUACCCGUUGAGCACCGUGCUUGUUAGCCAUUUUUUGGUGCCGAUUGUGCUGAAUCCGAAUUUGAUGCGGUUUACUUGGUGA